AUGGCGGACAUUCCAGAGAAGUCUGCCCCGGGAUAUGUAGGCAGGCUGGAUGCCUCACAACAAGAGAAACUUCACCAGUUUUGGAGGAUUUUAAUGCAAUCCUGGGAUUCAACUAUCUCUGGUCCCGAUCCUAAUCGCAAACUUCACUCCUCUUCUAACGGUACCACGAAGUCGCAUCGACGUUUCUUCUCCCUUGGGCGAUCACAGACUCAGCCAACGGGAGAAGAGACUACAGCCAUCCCACCCAACUUACUCUCCUCAUUGAAAAGCCUAGACGCAGGCUCAAAUGAAAUCAAGACCAUCAACACGCUUUUUAAAAAGCUCCCAGGGGAUAAAUUGCGCGCAACUUUUAUCUCGACUCUCAAACAAGAUCAUCCGGACGCGCUCUGCCUACGCUUCAUCCGGGCCGAAAAAGGGAACAUUCCCAAGGCAUGGAUCAAGCUUGUCUCCGCCCUGAACUGGCGAGUCAAUGAGUACAAGGUCGACGAAGAAGUUAGUCUCAAAGGCGAAGAUUAUCAUCUGGAGAAAUCACGCCAGAGUGGAGACUCUCCCGAGAAGAAAGAUAGCCAGGGUUUUGUACAUCAGCUGAGAACUGGCAAAGGUCACUUCCAUGGAGCUGAUAAAUGGGGUCGUCCCAUCUGCAUCGUCCGCGUACGGACACACAAUCCCAGUGAUCAGACGCUGAAGGGAUUAAACGACUACAUCAUUCAUUGUAUUGAGACGGUGCGCUAUUUGCAAGUUCCUCCGGUGGAGACGAUGGCUAUUAUCUUCGAUCUGAGCUCGUUCAGUCUAUCUAAUUGGGAUUUCCCUCCCGUCAAAUUCAUCAUCGACAGCUUUCAAGAAAAUUACCCCGAAUCUCUCGGAGCCCUGAUCUUCUACAAUGCUCCUUGGAUCUUUUCUGGCUUCUGGAAAAUCAUCCACGGUAUUCUCGACCCUGUAGUCGCCGCAAAGGUCCACUUCAUCAGCGGCGCCAAAGAACUUGAAAAGAUUGUGCCACGAUCCCGGAUAAUCAAAGAACUUGGCGGUGAAGAAGACUGGGAAUACGAAUAUGUUGAACCUAGUUCAAAUGAGAACGAGAGAUUGAAAGACUCAAUCACGCGCGAGAGCAUCCAAGCAGAAAGAGAAAAGCUCGGUGAUGAGCUUUUCGCGUUGACAUCUAAAUGGAUAUCAAUGUCCCAGAGUAAUCCAUCGCCGCCCUGUCGCGAUGAUGUGAUUAGAAAGCUGCGCGAGAAUUACUGGCAGCUUGAUCCUUACGUGCGCGCGCGAAAUAUUUUGGAUAGGACUGGUGUUAUCAAAGCAGAUGGGAGUAUUGAUUUUUAUCCUGAGAAGGUUACACCGGGGGUGAAUGAAAAGCCCAAGGUUGUGACGGAGCGUUUGGAAGAUGCACAGGUUCCUGCCGUCGCCGCAUAG